CCGGAUGUGGCGUUUAUUUUGGCUGAGGGUUGCCAGAGCUCGGUGGACAGACAGCGCCGCACAUAAGCUCGUUAACAGCGUAGCGAUGGCCGGAGAGGCCGGGGAGGAGAUACCUGACUCAGGGGCCGUCUUCACAUUUGGCAAGAGUAAAUUUGCAGACAAUGCCCCCAGCAAAUUUUGGUUGAAAAAUGAUGUCCCUUUGAAGAUAGCAUGUGGAGAUGAGCACACUGCACUCAUUACAGAGAAUGGAAAGUUGUUCAUGUUUGGCAGUAAUAACUGGGGGCAGUUAGGUCUUGGAACAAAGGCCAGUGUAAAUAAACCUACAUGUGUGAAAGCUUUGAAAUCUGAAAAAGUAAAGCUUGUUGCUUGUGGAAGGACUCAUACGCUUGUUUACACAUCACGUGGUAACCUGUACGCGGCUGGUGGGAAUAAUGAAGGCCAGCUUGGUCUUGGAGACUACGAGGAGAGAGCCUCAUUCCAGCUGGUCGAUUUCUUCACGAAACGUGGUCCAAUCAAAAUGCUUGCUGCUGGUUCCAACAUGUCAGCUGCCCUUAUGCAGGAUGGAAAGCUGUAUGUGUGGGGUGAUAACUCUGAAGGCCAGAUUGGUUUGGGUAAGGAGGCUGGUGCUGUGAUUCCUCAGGAGCUUUCUGUCGGGAGACGAGUGGCUUGGGUUUCCUGUGGUUAUUACCACUCUGCCAUUGUUACAGUGGAUGGGGCCUUGUUCACGUUUGGAGAGAGGGACUGUGGAAAGUUGGGACUGUCCACCACUCAGCUGCCUAAUCACAAAGUGCCUCAGCAUGUAGGGGGCAUUUCUGAAAGGGUGCUACAGGUGGCCUGUGGUGGAGGACACACAGUGGCUUUCACUGAGAAUUAUCUAUAUUCAUUUGGACUGGGUCAGUUUGGACAACUAGGUCAUGGCACCUUCAUCUUCGAGUCUUGUUUGCCCAGAGUGGUGGAGCACUUCCGCAAGGGGAGAGUAAAACACAUAACAUGUGGAGAAAAUCAUACCGCCGUUCUUACAGAUAGUGGCCUUCUGUACACAUUUGGUGAUGGCCGUCAUGGAAAGCUGGGUCUAGGAGAGGAGAAUUUCACCAACCAGUUCAAACCAACUUUAUGUCCAAGAUUCCUCAAAUAUAAUGUGGAGUCUGUUACAUGUGGUGGAUGCCACAUGCUGGUGUUGGCAAAACCUCGGAUCAAAGGGUCAGAAGACGUGAUUCUAGAGGAUGAUGACAUCACUGAGGACUAUCUUGAGAAGUCCUACACAGAACUGCUUGGAGAGACUGUCACUCAGAGCAACCUCAAUAGAAGCUUUUCAGCUCGUGUCAGACGCCGAGAAAGGGAACGUUCUCCAGAACAGUUUGGCAUGAUGUUCCGGACUCUUCCACCUCUUAGUUCAGGUUACCUCAGUGCAUCUCUACCUGUAUCUAGUCAGACCUUGCCCCCAAGAUUCCCCCCCAUGGAGUUACACAGCAAGAGGGACUCCAGUGGCCUUCAGAGAAAUGGUCUUCACCACAGCACUGGCAAGGUGAUGAAAGAGCAAGAAGUUGAUGGGAAAAGUUCUGCUGUUGAAAACAGUGAGGACAGUGAAAGUGUGCAGGAUUUGGGAGAAACCACUGACUUGUUAAAUUUAACUCAUGUCAUAAAGAUGGACCCUGGUGAGAAGAGUCUUACAUUGUCUCCUGUUCAGAAGAAGAAGGUUAAGGUUGUGAAAAUGCACGGUAAGGAGGUGGGACAGCCUGCACAACACCCUGCUCGCUCUACUAGGCAUAAAGCCCUGCCCACUGAAUUACUGAGAAGCCCUAGUGGCAAAUCACUGCUUGGGGAUUCUCCACUUUCCAGAAGCUCCUAUCAAAGCUCCCAAAGCUGGGGCAGUGAUAAGGAGAAUGCACUGAUAGCUUUGAAGGAAAGCAGGCCCACAAGGCUCAGUGCAGAGAGCAGUAGAGCAAAGAAAGAGACCCAGCCAAUGAGCCUGGCUGAUAUUAGCAGAGCUAAGUCUCUGCCUCGCACACCCAUACACAGAGCAGGGCCAAGCAAACUAAUGGAGAUUGGAGGUAAAAGUAAAUCUACUAAACAGCCUAAAGGGAAAACCCAGCCAAGUCAAGAAGAACUAAGCAAGCCUGGAACUAAACAUCAUUCUGUUGAAAUGAAUUGUCCAGAGAUAGACUUUGACACUAAGGCUGUUAAAUCAAGGGGAAAAGCUAAAUUCACAAGCCAAGGGGAUUCGGGAAAAGCAGGAUCCAAAACUCACCAGGAAUCAGACUCCAAAGGCAGCAAAAAAAACUGUGAGCAGAAAGAAAAUGUGGUGAAGAAGAAUCCUAAAGAAGAUCAAGCAGGUAAAGAGAUACCUAGAGAGGUUGCUGCAAAAAUCACACAGGCAAAACACAUACCUGUAGAGGCUAAAAGCAAGAUAUCAAAGGUGAAAAGUAAGCCAGUACUUGUGCAAAGCAAAUCACCAGACACUGCUGAGUCCGAGUCAAAGUCAAGUUCUAAAAAGUAUGACAAAAGAGAUGUAAGCACAAGGGAUAUCAGCACAAGAAACAAACAUCAUAUUCAAGUAUAUGAUCCUACUAAGAAGACCAAACCUGACCCAAGCCUUUUGCUUUCUAAGGGAAACUGGAAUACACAAAAGACAACCAAAGCACAAUCCAUGGACACUGAAUCAGUAGCCAAUGCAACCAAGAGCACAAAGUCAGAAUCAAAAUUGCAAUCAGACACCAUGCGACAAAACCUUCUUACCGGAGUAACCUCAUUUAUUCAAGAUGUUAGACCGGAAAGUCCUGUGCGUCUUCUGAGAGAGGUGACCACUAGCCAGGCACAGUCACGAGCAACAGCUAGCAGCUCCUCACAGUCUGCAGCACAAACAAAAUCAGGCAGGCCAAGGCCAAACGCACUUGCUGGACGAACUCUCUCAGAUGCCUCAUCCAUCACUCAUGCUUCAGAAGCAGCAGAGGAGCGACCGAGCAAAAGAACAGCAGCUACAAUAAACGUAAAGCCCAAACCUAGACCUUUAGGUGAGGAGACCCCUAAGUUCCAGUCUGGAAAUGAGGCCAAGUUAUCAGAGGAGGAGAAAAGUAGUGACAGACGUGAGAGAGAAGGAGAGGAAUCAGGAGAUGAGAGUGGUCAGAUAUCACAGGUGGAGGAGGGGGAGGAAGGGAGUAGGGAGAUAACAGAAAGUGAGGGAUUGAUAAAGGGAGGGGUGGAAAGCAGCAGUGCGGAUGACGAAGAGAGUAAGACGGGUGAUUUAACAAACAAUAAUGAAAGUGAUGAGGAAGGAAAUUACAUGACUACAAGAGUGUCAAGCAAUAAUGGGGAAAACAAGGGAGAGGGAAAGGAGGUGCAAAGUGAAACUGACAGAGAGCAAGAACAGAGCGAAGCUGAGUCUGAUGGAGAAAGUAGUAGUGUGGUGGAGAAGGGAGAUGAAGAAGAAAUGAGUGAGAUAAAUACAAACGAGAAAGAGAGUGAGGAUGAAGAGCAAGAAGAGGAUGAAAGCAGAGUGAGCGAGGUCGAAGAAAAAGAGAGCAGCAAAGAAUUUGGUGAAGAGGCUGGGAGCCGGAGUGAGCAGGAGGAGGGAGAGGAAGAAGAAUCAGAAGAAAAAGAGAGCGAAGAUGAGCAGGAAAGUGCCAAAUCAGAAAAUGACAGUGAAGCUGAGGAGGAUAGCAGUAAGGAGACUGAGAGUGGAGAGGAAGAAGGAGAAGAAGAUGAUCAAGAAGAAAGUAGUAUUCCUGAAGAGCAGGAAGGGUCAGAGGGGAAAGAGAAGAGUAAGGCAGAAGAUGAGGAAGAGGGAGAUGAAAUGGAGAGUGGAAAUGAAAGUGAGGGAGAAGAGAGUGCGGCAGGAGAGGAGGAGAGCGGAGGAACAGAAAAUGAUGGAGGGGAGAAGGAGGAGGAAGAGAAAGAGAGUCAAGAAGAAGAAGAUGCGGAUAGUAAAGCAGGUGAAGAGGAAGAAACAGAGGAGGAAGAAGGAGAGGAAGAUGAAGAUAAGGGAGCAGAGGACAGUGAAGCAGAGAAGGAAGACAAUGAGGAUGAGGGAGCAGAAGAAAAUGGUGAAGAAGACAAGGAAGAUGAGGAGGAUGAGGGAGCAGAAGAAGAUGGUGAAGCAGACAAGGAAGAGGAGGAUGAGGGAGCAGAAGAAGAUGGUGAAGCAGACAAGGAAGAUGAGGAUUUGGAAGCAGAAGAAGAUGGUGAAGCAGACAAGGAAGAGGAUGAUGAGGGAGCAGAAGAAGAUGGUGAAGCAGAGAAGGAAAAUGAAGAGGGCGCAGAAGAAGAUAGUGAAGCAGAGAAGGAACAAGAUGAUGAAGAUGAGGGAGCAGAAGAAGACAGUGAAGCAGAGAAGGAAGAUGAAGAUGAAGCAGAGAAGGAACAAGAUGAUGAAGUGGAAGAAAACAGUGAAGCAGGAACGGAAGAAGGUGAGGAAGCAGAAGAAGAUAAUGAAUCUGAGAAUGAGGAGGAGGAAGAAGAGGCAGAUGAAGGAGCUGAAGAAGUAGAGAAGGAGGAAAGUGGUGAAGAACAUGAGGAAGAAGAGGAUGAAGCAGAAAAUGAGGAGGAUGAAGACCAAGAAGAUGAAGAGGAGGGAGAAGAUGAGAGAGAGCAAGACGAUGAAGAAGCAAGAGAAGAGGAAGAGGAAAGGGAAGAAGAAGCAGAAAGAGAAAAUGAAGAAGAAGAAGAAGAAGAACCUAAAAAGAAAGGAAAAGGGAAUAAAAAGGCACCCAAAUCAAAGCAAGAGACCAAGAAGGCCAAGCAGUCAAGCAGGCCUCAGCAGGGCUCAGCUGGGAGAAGCCAGUCGGACUCUGACUCCCAGGAGCCUCGGCAGUUUUGGGACGAUGUUCUACCUCAGUACCUCAACUUGAAAUAAGUCCACAACCUCAGCCCCAAUAUAUGCCACUCUCACAGUAUCACAUAUAUUGAGUUGGCUGCUUAGUAGUUACACAGCUUGUAGCUACACAUUGGCCAUUUUAUCAGGUACACAUACUGUGUAAGCACAUUUUGUUUAUUUCACAAUAACUGAUUGUAGCCCAUCUGUUGCUAUGCAAAAUUUGACAGCAGCCCUUCAACCUGCCAAGGUGUAUUUAAUAAAAUGGCAAGUGAGUAGGUACAGGGUGGAUAUACACUAAACUGUAUACUGUAUCAUCUUUGUUCAUUGCUGUUGUCAAAUGGCAUUUUUCCUUACCUCUGCCAUCUUCCAUUAUAUGCACUCAUUUUGAACAUUAUUUCAUGCUUUUCAUGCUUGAAGUGCCUUAGGACUUAGAAAAGAUUGAAAAAAAAAUCUUUCACUGUGCCUUGUCCUUGCUUGGGUGACAUCAGUAAACUGCCAUUGACUCUAGCAUAUUGUUCUUAGGCAUUCAUUAAUUCUAAUGCAUUUUUUUAUGUUUAACCUUGCUGCCUACAUGAUUGUUUUCUUUUUCUCUGUAUUUCUCAGUAUUAUUUGCUUAUGAACUGUUAUUGAACAAAAC